AUGCCGAAACCCAGCGACCGACCAUCACCCUCAGAGGUACUGGAGGACUUACUGGUCCUUGGGAUACCAGAACUUGCAACUGCAGAUUCCAUCGAGAAGCGAUAUUUCGCACCCGGAGUGCAAGUCCCUGAUGACAAAAUGGCCAGCUUACCGGCUUGGGGCUUGAUGUUCUGGUCUGAACAGCGGUACCGAAAGAACGUCCUCCGGUUGGUCGCCUCGCAAAGCGUGCCCGUCGGUCUACGGCUCAGCCAGAGAGAGGUUGAUGCCAUUACCCCCUUGGGGGCCCAGAAGGCGGUGUUCUCGAAACUGUCAGAUCUCGUCGAGCUUAGACGCUCAAAGGGCUUGACGACGGUCCUCGCUCGUUUUGCUGUAAGAUCGCCGGUCGCUGGUCUCAUCCUGAUGGCCUCAGCUGGGGUCGGCGCCUCGGCAAUGAAACAUGGAGCCAAGCAAGAAUAUAGACGCGGGAUGACCGCACAUCCGGCACUUGAACAAUGGCGACAAGAAGUAAGACCCCGGAAGAAGGACUUCUCCUUGUCAGUGUCUCCUAGCAAAUGGAGAUGGAAUUGGCCGUCUCCCGCCGAGCAGACUCCAGUGCAAGAGCUGCCAGAGGGAAUCGGUGUGGAUCGGCAGGAACCUGCUUCCGCCCCCCAAUUUGGAGGCCAUGAUGAGCACGCGGAGGAAAAUGGCAUUCGGGAGGAGGCGACGGGGGCAGAUCAAGAACCUGGUCGUGCCUGGGAGGCGAUCAAAGCAGCUUUGGCUGAGGUAUAUAAAGGUGGCACUGCUGAGUCCACGUCAUCAGAGAAACAGAAGGAUGCUUGGGAGGAGCCGAGAGAGAGGGCGCAGAGGAAGUAG